CGUCACUCCUUUCUGAUCUCGCGUGUUUUCCAUGAUUCGAUCACCUGCUUAACCCGGAGUUCUAUACCCAUCCUUGGACUUGUUUUCGUUCUCCAUCUUCUUCGAUAUCGCGCUUGCAAGUUACUUACCAAUCCUGAUCAGCUUUCGCAAAGGUUUACACGCGUUUGGUCUGGCCAUUGUUAGAUGAUACAAUGACACAUCUGGUCCAGAUGCACCAUAUGGUGCCGCCAUCGUUCAAUUAUCGCGCCUCCUUUCAAGCACAACAUGGGCAUGGCCAUGGGCCCUCGCACGGACAAGACUACUUCACUUACCAUCAGGGCUUUUCGCACUCCCAAGAGGGGCAUCAACCAGGCCACCAACCAAGCCACCAACCGCCGUCGAACCUCCAUGACCAUCAUGUCAGCAACUUGAACGUGACACCCCGGUUGUUCCCUUCUCGCAGCACCCAGCCGACCUUGCAUCGCAUCGCGACCACCUUUCACCGAUCCCACGGACCAGACCACAGCGCCGAACACUCACUUCGACGAAAAACUCCGAGAGGAACUAUCGAUAAUGGUUACGAUGGCUCACUGACACAUCUGGCAUCCGGGCCACCUCCCUUGAAGCAGAUGGCCCUUCCGGGCCCAUCAAGGCUCUUUCCCGGCACUGUCGGUCAGGGGCUUUCUGGCUCGUCUACGUCAAGCAAUCUUCAGCAUUCCGUACCCGCCGGUUCUUGGCCGUAUCCUGCCCCACUGACCUCAGGAAGCCUCGCUUCGGCUACCGAGACACUUUCGCUCAAGUCGGGCUCCGUGACACCGCUGGGCUGGGGAGCUAGUCCAUCAAACGUGGGGCAAGGUUUUGGUGCAGCAGAUAGUAACCUCCUUGCGCUGCCCAUCCCCCAGUUUGGUCAUCAUACCGUGUCCAAUCUGCAACCACUUCUGGGGCCUGGCUAUCACACCCAGUCCAUGACUCCAGGAGUGUACAGUCCCGCGGCGCUCCCACAACCUGCGGUGCACAGAGAAGGUGUCCAUCCUGACUUUCGAAACUCGUUCAAUCUAGGGAAUCAUUACACGCAAACAGGUGCGGUCGUUGACAGCGCUUUCGUUCCGCCGAACUCGGCUAUCCAGCAGUGUCUUCCUCAAGUCUAUGGGCCGGGUCACGCACACUCGCUCAGGUUGCCAUUCUCAGCCUACCCCUUCGAUGAUGGCUUCUCACGCUAUAAUCAGGCACAUUUCACGCCACAUGCCACAUAUGUCGGCGGUAACAAUCAGUAUAUGAACUCAAAACCAGGCGGGAGCUUUCAACAAGGCAUUGGGGAGCCCUCGUCGCCAGUUCACUUCAAAGAUCGGGCAUUACAUUUAGCCCACAAGACAUAUAACGAUCUAGUCCUGUAUUUGAAUCACCUACAUCGUUGUGAAGCGACUAAGCCUGGAAGUGGGCACCGGAUUGCCUAUCCAAGACCGCCCAGGACACUUACUUUUUCUAUUCCCCAAUUCUCCGCCUCUUCCACGCGUCCAGGGGCAACCGAUGGCCACCCACAGCACUCGAACCAAAAUGACGCUACCUCGCGGCCUCUGAGUUAUACGUCCGGCCACUCUAAUCUUCACUCACUUUAUCUUGAGAACGUCAACAGCCAUCUAAAGCUUUGCUCACAAGGGCACUAUUAUCAGGCCAAGCUGCCUAAGCGUUCAUUUGAGCUCAACUCGCCCAUUGGUGCAGCAAAGACUGCCUUGGAUGUGUUGUCAAACCUGUGUGAGCAAAGUGGGUGGAAGUGGGUGGAUGGUAUGUUGCUUGGCGGGUGCCUUCAUUACGCUCUCGAGCGUUACGAUCAGGCACUCGAGUGGUUUAGACGGGUGCUCAGCAUUGACGAAAGCCAUGUUGAAGCCAUUUCCCACACGGCAGCAACACUUUACUCCAUGAACAGACCUGAUGAAGCCGAGCACCACUGGAUGCAAGCCGUGAAGAAACGACCGAGCUAUUUGGAGGCGGUGGAGAGCUUGGUGAAUAUGCUAAUUUAUAGGCAUAAGAGCCCAGAAGCGGUCAAGGUGAUUGACUUCGUUCAGCGCUCUUUGAGGAUGUCCAGCCCUGGUUCAGCACAUGAUCAAGUCAGUGAAACUGGGAGCGAAACGGACACGGCAUCGACGGCAACCAUCAGAGAACCUAGCCCUGACCCGUUUCUGCAUGAUGGGGAUAAAACCGAUAGCCCCGAGACAUUCUUUGCCUUCACUGCAGAGAAUAGCAGGCAACCAGGCUUUGGUUCGAGUGGCUAUGCUAUUCCUGGGAGCGAGAAUGGGCGGAUGAUCAGCAUUAUCCAUGCCAAAGGGAACAUCCUCUACUCCCUGAAGAACAUAGAUGGCGCAUCCAAAGCUUUUGAGGAGGCUGUUUUAGUUAGCGCCGGAAGACAGGUCAAGGGACUCCAGUCACUCAUCCGCCUGAUACAGAGUGUCCUCAAUCCAGGGAAUGGUGGGAUGGUAUCGCUGCAGAAUUCGACGAGAAAGAAUCUAUCUGCACCGCUAUUGCUCCCUCCUGAGAGAGCAAAACACACUGCUAAGCUCGUUUUUGCGGCUAGCGGUGGGCAUCUCCCUGGGCUUCGACACGUUGUAUCGAGUAGUCAGAGGAGGUCGGCCGUAUCAACGACAAGCAACGCUCUGCUUUCACUGGCCAAAAUCUUGCAAGAUGCCAUGUCCAAUGGAGGUUCUGGUACAGGCGUCCCACAGCAAUCACCCAGUGUUGGUGAUAUUCUGGCUCUUUACUACUUGUCUCUUUCUCUCCAGGAAAGUCCAUCCACAGCUAAUAACGUGGGAAUUCUUCUUGCGAGCGUCCAACUCACGGCAUCACAACAGGUGUCUGUCCCAGAUGCCUCUACGGCGGCACCGAUCCCUGGAAUUGUACCUGGGAGUGGGCUUGCUUUAGCGCUGGCUUACUACCAGUACGGACUCACGUUGGAUCCGAAGCAUGUACAUCUUCAUACGAACCUGGGCAGUCUCCUUAAGGAUAUCGGCCAACUCGAUCUAGCCAUCUCCAUGUACGAGAAGGCAGUGGCUUGUGAUGGCACUUUUGACAUUGCCUUAACGAAUCUUGCAAAUGCGGUCAAGGAUAGGGGUCGCACCAACGACGCCAUCGUCUACUACAAGCGGGCCGUAACCUCGAACCCGGAUUUCGCUGAAGCAGUCUGUGGACUUUCUACUGCUCUCAACUCGGUGUGCGAUUGGCGGGGCCGUGGCGGAGUUCUGCUUGCCAACGGCAGGUACGACCGGUGGCAUGUUGGUGAAGAUGGAAUGCUAGAAGACGUAACGAAACAGGGCAGGGGAAGCGGCCUCAUGCAGCGCGUGGUUGACAUUGUUGCCCAGCAGCUGAGGGAAGCGUCUGCCUGGGGUUGCGGUGUCUUGCAAGAACAAUCCGCUAUGCAGUUGAUGGCUUAUCUCAAGACUGCCAGGGCUGCUAUCGCCGAUGGUACACUGGACCUAGAUGCGGAGUUGCAGAAAUGGUCUGGUAAACCAUGGGAAGGUUCCCGGGUGUUACGGCUGAUCGAACGAGCUACAAAAACUACCGUGCGGCGUUGGUAUCGUGACAGGUACAUCAACGGCCAAGAGUCGGCUUCUGGAUACGCUCGGCCAAGGGUUCCCGGCACUCUCACGGUUCCAACCGCGCCAACAGUCCUACCAUUCCACACCUUUACAUGUCCUCUCACAGCCAAGGAUGUCCGAAUGAUCUCUCAGAGGAAUGCGCUUAGGAUCUCGUGUUCCACCCUCAGAUCUUCCUGGAUCCCCGCCACGGUAUAUGAACCCCCGAAACCACCAAGUCCACAACUCAACAUAGGCUAUGUAUCUUCCGAUUUCAACAACCAUCCUUUGGCACACUUGAUGCAAUCUGUCUUUGGAUUCCACGACAAUACACGGGUGAGGGCUUUCUGUUAUGCGACUACGGCCAGCGAUAAGUCGAUUCACCGCCAACAGAUCGAGCGCGAGGCACCAGUUUUCCAAGAUGUGAGCACCUGGUCAUCCGACCGGCUGGUACAGCAGAUUGUUGCAGAUGGAAUUCAUAUCCUGGUAAAUCUUAACGGCUAUACCAGAGGAGCUCGCAACGAGGUCUUCGCAGCACGACCUGCACCGAUUCAAAUGGCCUUUAUGGGAUUUGCAGGGACACUGGGGGCUGAGUGGUGCGACUAUCUGCUCGCAGAUACGACGUCAGUGCCACCAUCAACAUUGCGUCCACACCGUGACAACCUAAGUCUGGAGGAUGUCUUCCGUGAUGAAGCUGAUGCCGAGGCCGACGAUUGGGUAUACUCGGAGAAUCUCAUAUAUUGCAAGGACACAUUCUUUUGCUGCGAUCACAAACAGUCUGCCGAUGGUUCGGACGAGAGAGGGAUGACGUGGGAAGAGGAACAGAGGAGGCGAUGGAAUAUGCGCAAGAUGCUGUUCCCCAACCUCCCAGACGACAGGAUCAUCCUCGGUAACUUCAACCAACUCUACAAGAUCGAUCCUACUACGUUUCGAACCUGGCUUCGCAUACUAGCACAUGUUCCCAAAGCUGUCUUGUGGCUUCUGCGGUUCCCCGAGCUCGGCGAAAACAACCUCCGCCGGACGGCAAAGCUCUGGGCAGGUGAGGAAGUCGCCAGCCGCAUCAUCUUCACCGACGUGGCUCCCAAGCAGCAACACAUCGCCCGCGCCCGCGUGUGCGACCUCUUCCUCGACACACCCGAGUGCAACGCACAUACGACGGCCGCCGACGUCCUGUGGUCGAGUACACCGCUGCUGACCCUGCCGCGGUACGAGUACAAGAUGUGUUCGCGCAUGGCGGCGUCGAUUCUCAAGGGAGCGUUGCCGAAGAGUGAGGCGGGAAGACAGGCGGCUGAGGAUCUGAUUGCUGGUGAUGACUAUGAAUACGAGAACAGGGCUAUCAAGCUUGCGAAUGGGUUGACGUACGAGUUGGUUGUGGAUGGGUUUUCUAUGCCAGGGUAUAAUGGUGCUGGUGGUGCUGGUGGUGGUCACGGCGGUUACAGAGCUAGUUACUAUGGUAAACCGGUCGGAAGACUCGCCGAGCUGAGGAAAUUGCUGUGGGAGAGCAAGUGGACUUGUGCGUUGUUUGAUACGCGGAGAUGGGUCAGGGACUUGGAGGAUGCAUAUGAACAAGCGUGGCAGAGGUGGGUUGACGGCGUUGGUGGGGAUAUCUAUCUCUGAGCGCUGGGUAAAGGGCCACUUAUUGCCAGUUCCAUCAUCUUUUAG